AAUGAAGCUUGAAGUAGAGUUCAUCUGCCAAGACCUAAUCAAGCCAAGUUCUCCUACACCUCAUCAUCUUCAUCAUCUUCGCCUAUCAUUUCUCGACGGAUUACAACCGCCGAUUUGUAUGCCUAUCGUCCUUUUUUACUCCAAGGAAUCCAAUUCUGAAAAUUCUGUAAGAUGCAACGAACUAAAAAAAUCCCUAUCAAAAACCCUAACUAUGUUCUACCCUCUUGCUGGACGAGUUAAUAACAAUACCUUUAUAGACUGCAACGACGAGGGUGCCUUCUUCGUCCAAGCUCAGGCGAACUGUCAACUCUCAGAUAUUCUUCAAAACUAUAACCCUAGCGACAGCAACAAGUUGAUUCCUCUUCAGCCUCACCAAUGCAAAAAUUAUGCUACAUUUUUUCAGGUUACGUUCUUUAAUUGCGGCGGUUUAUGCGUUUCAUUCUCUUUGUCGCAUAAACUUGGCGACGCCUUAUCGCAGUUUCAGUUCUUGAAUAGUUGGGCUGUUGUUGCUCGCGGAGAUUCUGUUAUUAGUACUCCUCUCUUCGGUACGGCGACAUUGUUUCCGCCUAUAAAACUGCAGUCCGGGUUUGACGCUGGAGUGUUGGUCGAGAAAGAUAAUAAAAUCGUCACGAAAAGGUUCAUCUUUAAAAAUUCCAUCAUAGAAGCUCUUCGAGCUAAGUAUGCCGACGAAAUUGGUUACAGUCCGUCAAGGAUUGUGGCUUUAGCUGGUUUCAUAUGGAGCCGAUUUAGGGCGGCUGUUCAAAGAAAAGAAGCAGAUGGUAAUAUCUAUUCGUUGCAUAAUUUAGUGAACUUGAGGCCAAAAAUGGAACGGCCGCUAUCAAAUUUGUCUUUUGGAAAUCUUGUGACUUCAGCCUCCGUGCAGGCUAACAUGAAUGCCAAACACGACGGCGAUGCUCGGAUUGUUAGUGAAAUGAGUAAUGCUAUAAGAAGUGUGAACACAGAAUACGUAAAGUAUCUUCAAAAGACAAAUGUGAUCAUCAAUUUAAUGAAAGAAGAAGUUAAAAAAUUGGUUAAAGGAGAUGUGAUUGGAUUUUAUUUCACUAGUUUAUGCAAGAUUCCAAUAUAUGAAGUUGAUUUUGGAUGGGGAAAGCCUGUGUUUGUAGGUUCAGCUCAGUUGCCUUUCAAGAACCAAGUUUCAUUCUUGGAUACUAGAAAAGGAGGUGGUGUUGAAGCAUGGGUUAACUUGAAGGAGGAAGACAUGGCUAAAUUUGAGAUUGACAAGGACCUUCUUGAACAUGUUGAUGAUCGUCCAUUUAUGAUUGAGACCUUGAAAUUGGAUCUUAAUUCGAGACUAUGA